AGCCCCCAGUUCCCUUUGGUAUCUCUUACGGAUUCGACGUUUUCGUCGGCGUUGGUCGUAUCGUAACGAAGCUGGUUUUGCCUUCUUCAUCAUCACAUUCAGUUUUUGGAUUUUGUUGUUGUUGGGUUGUCGUUAAAUAGUAUAAAAAAAAAACAAUCUAACUAAAUGCUGAAUCUAAAUUAGAUUUUUCAAAGCCUAGAACAAAUUUAGCUGCCGCGUAGUUCGGCUCGUCCGUCUUGAAUUUUAUUUUUUUUUUACUACCUAAUUGUUUUUUUUUCUUCGUAACUUUUAUAACUUCGCAAGUCAUUGUUGUAUAGUUGAUUUGUGUUUUCAUUUUUUUUUUGUAUUUGUUUUGCUCAAUCAGCUGUGUACCCCAACAAAGAGUGUUUGUCUAUUAAACGGAAAAUAGAAGAAGAAAAAAUAAGUACGAUUGGCCUUUCGAAAAUAAAUCUACUUUUCUUUGUGUUGGGUAUACUUUAAGUAACUUUCAACUCUCAUUUAAAGUUUCGAAAAUUAGACAAAUUAGUUUUUGCUUGUCGUAAUAAUUUGUCAAAUUUGCGUCGCGAAAAACUUUCAAGUGAGAGAAAGAGAGGAAGGAAAAUGCCAUUCAUUUCGAAAGACUGGCGUUCGCCUGGCGAAGCAUGGGUUAAAACGGACGAAGGAUGGGAAAAGUUGAAAGUGCUCGAAUGUGGAAAACGUACAAGACAUCCUUCAACAUCCGAUGAUGAAGAUAAUGAAACAAUACCGCCACACUGCCACAUCACAAUACGAUGUACCCGUGAAAUUGCCGGAUUUAAUGGACUAGGUGAAGUUGUAAGACGUUUAGAUUUUCGAAGUUCAGUUCGAGAUCGUAGACGUUUUCAUUAUAUAUGUGCUUUAUUAAGAUUACUUGUUGCCCAUAAGGGCAUUGCUAAUUUGUCAGGCAGUGCUCAAAAAUUACUUUUACAAAUGGUUGAAGAAGUUGCAUCACAUGUAAAUGAUAGUCAACAACAUUUUAACGUCCUUCGUGGUUUAACCACACAAUUGCAACAAAUUGUUAAUCAGGAAAAUCAGAAAUGCUGGGGUAAACCCCUGGGUAGUAUGAAUUUAUGGCAAGAGCAUGUGGAGACAAUAAAACGAAUUGAAUCGUUAACUAGUCAAAUUGAAAUUAAAGAGCCUGGUCCAGAAAUACGUCCAAAACUACACGAUUUACCUGAAGAAUGUAUUAGAGAAAUUAUUUUAAGAAUUGCUGAUCAUAAGGAUUUGGAGGCUACUUCCAGUGCCUGGACCCUAAUGGCAGCAUUAGUUUCCGAACAACGUGUCUGGCGUGAGCUAACUCGUUUUCAUUUUAAUCAAAAUCAAAUUAACACUGUCUUAGAUAUGAACAAAUUUAAGUUACAGCCUGGUAAAAAAGACUGGAAAAAGAUUUAUCAUCAAUUGCGUCGAACUUAUGGCGUUAAUGAUGAUUAUCAAUUUGCUGAAGUUCUCUCAUUAUGUCGCUAUUGUUGUUGCCUAUUUUGGCCAUCAGAUGGCCAUCCAUGUAUUGUUGAUCAAUGUCCAGAAUUUAAGCAACGCCUUGAAGAAGCUGGUGGUCAGUUAGAAGUCUCACAACCAGUAUUGCCAUCGCAGUUUCUCAAAUUUUUCUCUUUGUAAAAAAAAGUAUUAUUUCUUUUGGUUGUUUGAAUAAAAGAGAACAAAAUGAAAAUGGAGAGAGAAUUUAAAUUAAAAACAAUAGAGAAUGAGUUUACAAGAGAAACUGCUUCUACUAAAAUGAGAAUUACUAUUCAGUUAACUACAACUAUAUGAUUGUUUAUACACACACACACUAACUAAAACUAUUAUUUAUUAAGAAGUCGUUUAUUAGAUUUGAUUAUAAUUAUAAUUAUUGUACUCUCGGUAUUAUACAUUUUUAUCAUUUAUCAUUUUGUAUGGCAGUUAUAAACAUAAUAUGACAAGAACUCUUGUCCUCCUUUAUCAUUAUACAAUUUUUGUCUUAAAUCAAAGAUUUAUACUAUCAUAUUCAACAUGAUUAUCAUUUAAUAUUAUUUUUGUGUGCUAAUAAUAAUGUCUGUUAAAAAUUUUGUAUUUAAUGAAAAAAAUUUUUGAUAUAAAAUAUAAUAUUUAUGUAUAAGUGAUAUUAGAAUUUAUUUACCAUACUAUUGAAUUUUUCAACUUAUAAAUCUUAAACAAUAAAAUCUUUUUUUUUUUGUAUCCAAAGGGAUUUACCAGAUAAGAUUCAGCAAAGUGAUUUUUUGAAAUCAAAAAAAUGUUGGAAAUAUUGAAUAUAUCAAGUGAAUAUGCCCAAUAUCAUCGAAAAAGAAAAACAAAAUUACAAAAGCUUUCACUGCAAUUCAAGAAAUUUAAACAAGAAAUCAAACAACAUUGAAUUCCGUCUCUAAAGAUUGAAUUAGAAACAAUAAAAUUACAAGCUGCCAGUUCAUUAAGAUUUUUAUGUUCGUAAAAUAUAUAAGUUCCAAAUAAUAAUUUUUGAUACAAAUUUAAAAAUAAAAAUGUUUUAAUGCGAAUAUUUAAAUAAAAUAGUAAAACCAACAACUAUCAAAAAAUGAACUGCUUUCAUUAAAAUUAACAAAAACAAAAAAAAAACUGCUUUUGGAAUUUUGCGAAAAAAUAAAUAAUUAAAAAAAAUAUAUAUUUAAAAAGAAUACAAAAAACAAAUAUUUUUAAGUAGGUAUUCUAUAUUUAAAUAAAAAAGGUUAAAUGCGAACAAGAAAACUAAUGAAUUUUUAAUAAACAAAAUAAAAAAACAACUUUUCAGAUUGAAUUUUAAUAUUGCGGCAUUUUAUGAAAGAAUUACGUAAUUUAUUUUAGAAAACAAAAAUUUGAUAAAUUGCAAUGGAAAAUAUAUUAUUAUGUGUAUAUAAAGUAUACCUGUUUGUGAGAGAGAACAAAAAAUCUCUUUACUUUCAGUUUUCAUCUCAAAACAAAACACAAACAAAAAAAAUUGUUAUAAUGACUGGAAUUUGGUUUUUUGAAGAAGAGUAUAUUAUGAUAAGGAAAAAUGAAAAAAAAAAAAUGUUUAUAUAUCAUUAUGAUUGUAGAUUUUAAGAAAAAAAAAAAAAAAUGUGGA